AUAUCAUUCACCAACAUUCCAUUCCACUAACUCUAGACUAAUGCAACCCCUUCCUUGGUGGUAAUUUCUGGCGACCCACGGCAACAUGAGCCGCAGUCUGCGAUUAGAGGGAAUUAACUUCCAGAAACUAGGGCCCUAGCUUCUUCUCAUGGCCAACUUAACUUGAGCCCUCUCCCAGCACUGCGCCCCCUCGUUUUCUCACCUUUCUCGCUUCUCACUUUUCUCCCUGUCCUUCAUUUUUGUCCCUCAUUUUUGUCCUUCAUUUUUGUCCCUCAUUUUUGUCCCUCAUUUUUGUCCCGGGCUGAAACCUCCCACCUACUCCUGUCCUUCUUUUGAAAAGUCCAUUUGCACCGAAAUCUCCCACUAUUGUCCCUCUUUCUCGCAACUAUCAACAUGCGUUUCUCCAUCACCACCGUCGUUUCUACGCUGUUGGCUAUGGCCUCGGCCUACACGAAGCCCGACUACUCGCAGGACCCCUCGGGGAAUGCUAUCCUGACCCCCGGCUUGAACCAGGUCGUCCCCGCGGGCAAGCCCUUCACCAUCAGCUGGAACCCCACCACCACCGGGGAUAUCUCUCUCGUUCUGCUUCGCGGGCCUAGCACCAACGUCGUCCCCAUCGACACCCUCGCCGAUAGCAUCCCCAACUCGGGCAAGUUCGUCUGGACCCCCAGCACCGAACUGAAGCCCGACACCACCCACUACGGCCUCCUCUUGGUCGUCGAAGGCACCGGCCAGUAUCAGUACUCCACCCAGUUUGGUCUCUCCAACCCGGACUACGAAGGUAGCCAAGGUACCUCGACUACUGCUGUGACUGUGUCCUCCUCCACCACCACCACCACCACCACCACCACCACUUCUUCUUCUUCUUCUUCUGCGUCCACCGUCGCCACCACCGAGUCCACUACUACCGAGUCGACCACCACCACUGCUCAAUCCGAGACCGCCACCGCCACCACAACAGUAGUGAAGCAAACCAGCACCGAGCCCUCUACCACCCAACCCACCGAGGGGGCCCAGACCACCACUACUGCCGCCGCCGCCACCGCCGUGGCUGUAACCACCGUCAAGCAACCCGUGAUUUCCACCGCCCGCACCACUCUGCAGAGCUCCACCAUUCCCUCCAGCACCCCCGCAAGCACCCCCAUCCAGGCCUCCGUCAAGGGAUCUGCCUCCCGCAACGCCGCCAUCAGCAGCUUCGGCGCCGUAGCCCUCGGGGUAGCUGCCGUUCUUGCCUUUUAACUUCUGACCCGGGAGCAAAGCAGGAUGAGGAGGAAAAAUGAACCGCGGCGAGAAGGGGGAGGAGGGGAAUGAUGUGACGUGAAUGUGUCUUUGUCUGGGGCAUUUUAUUCUUUUUCUAAUGUUCGUUUUAACUUUUGGCC